AUGGCUCUGGUCAACCUCACAUCCGGCCCAGAUUUCCUCCUCCUUGGCCUGAUGGAUGACACAGUCGCCCAUCCAGUGUUGUUCCUGCUCUUCCUCAGCAUCUAUCUGCUCAAUGCCAUGGGCAACCUGAGCAUGGUGGUACUGGUGAGGUCCGAUGGGGCUCUGUGCUCCCCUAUGUAUUACUUCUUGGGUCACCUGAGCUUUGUGGAUGCCUGCUUUACCACGGUCACGGUCCCCCGACUGCUGGUCAGCCUGCUCCACCCAGCUCAGGCCAUAUCCUUCCAAGCAUGCUUUGCCCAAAUGUACUUCUUCCUGGCUCUGGGCGUCACAGAGAGCUAUCUCCUGGCGGCCAUGUCCUACGAUCGCGCGGUGGCGGUCUGCCAGCCACUGCACUACACUGCGGUCAUGACACCCUGGCGCUGCGCUGCGCUGGUGGGUGCGUCCUGGGCGGUGGCUCACCUGCACUCGCUGCUCCACACCCUGCUCAUCUCUACUCUGAAAUUCUGUGGCCCCAAUGUGAUCAAUCACUUCUACUGUGACCUCCCCCAGCUCUUCCAGCUCUCCUGCUCCAGCACCCAGCUCAACGAGCAGUUGCUCUUUGCAGCAGCCGCCUUCAUGGGUGUGGCCCCCUUGGUCCUCAUCAUGGUGUCCUAUGCCCAUGUGGUGGCUGCCGUGCUACGAAUCCGCUCUUCGGAGGGCAGGAAGAAGGCCUUCUCCACGUGUGGCUCUCACCUCACCGUGGUGGGCAUCUUCUAUGGGACAGGCGUCUUCAGCUACAUGAGGCUGGGUUCUGUGGAGUCUUCGGACAAGGACAAGGGCAUUGGCAUCCUCAACACUGUUGUCAGCCCCAUGCUGAACCCACUCAUCUACAGCCUCAGGAACCCCGAUGUGAAGGGCGCCCUGCGGAGGGUGCUCACAGGGAAAUUGCCCCCCAAGUGAGACUCUCUGCCUCUGGUCUUAACAAAUGGCAUUGCUCUACCUAAGCUUCUAACAGGUAUUGUCCUUACUGGAAGUAGAGUGUGGGUAUGAUGGAAUGGGGUCCGAGACUGUCUCAGGAAGGAAGGUGCAAUCAAAAUGAUGAGAAUAAUCCCUUAUACCAUAACUACCAUGUACCUGCCACUGUUCUCAGUGAGUGGA